AUGAAAUAUACAGAUUUCGCACAAGGUCUAAAUAUUUCGAAGAACACUGGGGAGAUCCACCUCAUCACAGGGCCCAUGUUUUCUGGAAAGACAACAGAGCUUCUUGAGAGAGUCUCCCAAGAAGAGGCGCUUGGACUCGUUGUUUCACUUGUUAAGUCUUUUGAGGAUUUUAGAUAUUCGUGCGAUCAUAUUGUGACUCAUGAUGGGAUUCUGCGUACAUGUUUCUCAGUUGCAAAACUUAAUGAAAUUCGCAGCACUCUUGGCGAUGCUGAGUGGCGUAGAGUCGACAUUUUCGCUAUAGACGAAGCACAAUUCCUUCCAGAUCUUCCCCGGUUCUGUGCAGCCGCAGACUCAGAGAAAAAGAAAAUUAUUUUUGCUGGUCUUGAGGGAGACUUUCGUCGUGAACAGUUUGGCAAACUCCUCGAUCUACUACCCUUGUGUGACUCUAUCUUUAAACUCUCCGCAAAAUGUUGUAGCUGCAAUAUAAGACCCGCAACAUUUACCUCACGCAUAUCUCCUGAAAACAACACAGCACAGCAAUGUAUCGGUGGCUCGGAUACAUAUCAGACCGUUUGUAGGUCGUGCUUCGUGAGGUCGAAACUCUUUGCUUUGUACCUAGUCAAAUAA